AUGGCCAGCCAGCUGCACAGUGCACCGCCCUUCCGGGCUGAGCAUAUGGGCUCAUUGCUCCGUCCCACGAACCUGCUGGAGGUGCGGGCGAAGAUUCGGGACACUGGUAUCUCCGAGGAGGAGGCCGGUCUGCACGCCGUCGAGAAGGAAGCUGUGCGUGAUGUCGUCCAGCUGCAGCGGGACCUGGGUAUCAAGGCUGUCAGCUCCGGCGAGUUCAACCGUACCCGCUUUUGGGGUCUGAUGUGGGAUGAGUUUGAGGGAACCAUUCGUCUGCAAGAUGCUGAUGCGUCCAUGUUCCGCCUGUACCACCCUGACGUCGUCAGUCUGAUCGAGAAGGACCGCAAGGUUAUGCCUGGUGACUCGGUCAUUGCCGGCUCCAAGCUAUCAUGGAGCCCCGCGAAGUCGGUCUCCAAUCUACACGAGCUGAAGCUCAUCCAGGAGGCCACCCCCAAGAGCGAGUGGGGCAACAUCAAGCUCACCAUGAUCACGCCCGCCUGGUUCCACAUGCGCUACAAGCAGGGCAAGGCAUACACCCCUGAGGCGUAUGCCAACGAUGCCGAGUAUUUCCAGGGUGUUGCCGAGGUGUACCAGGCCGAGUUGGACGCUCUGUACAAGGCCGGUCUGCGCAACGUUCAGUUCGACGACCCUGGCAUGGCGUACUUCUGCUCCAAUGCUUUCCGCAAGGGCUGGGCGGAGGACAAGGACAAUACCGGCAGCGUCGAUGACCUGUUUGACGCGUACGUCAAGUUGUACAACGACUCUCUCAGCAAAACCCCUGCCGAUAUGCACACCGGUAUUCACCUGUGUCGCGGCAAUUUCAUCGGUGGUCGGCACUUCUCCGAGGGCUCGUACGACAUCAUUGCCAAGAAGUUGUUCGAGAACCUGAAUGUCAACACCUUCUACCUUGAGUACGACACCGAGCGUGCGGGCGGCUUCGAGCCCCUCAAGUUUCUGCCUAAGAACAAGAACGUCGUCGUCGGUGUGAUUAGCACCAAGCUCCGCGAGCUCGAGGACAAAGAGGCGAUGAAGGAGCGCAUCUACAAGGCCGCGGACUUUGUGGCUUCGGGUAGUGGUGAGUCCCGCGAGGAGGCCUUGAAGCGCAUCUGCGUCAGUCCCCAGUGUGGAUUCAGCACACACGAGAGCGGGUAUCCGCUGAGCUUGGAGGACGAGAAGAAGAAGCUGAGUCUCGUGCGUCAGAUCGCGGAUGAAAUUUGGGGCGAGGCGUAG